AGGAGGGCAGAGAGAAGUCCUAGUAAUGAGUCACAGGAUCACUGAAUUUUAGAGCUGGGCGGAAUCUUAGAGUUUAAGGCAUGUUUCAGUUAGAAUUCUGUGGUUUUGCAUCUUCAGCGUUGGAGAAUUACGAAAGGUUGACCGCUUGCUCUUGCUCCUUUUGGAAAAAAUGCCUAAGGAUUUGGUGACAGCUUUGAAAAACAAAUUAAGAAUAAAGAAAAAACCCAAACAGUGACGACUAUGAGUAACCCAUAAUGGGGGCUUGAAAGAAUUGGAAACUUGACACAUCAAUGGGCUAUAGAAGAGCAGGGAAUAUUAAUGAACAUGAAGGGGGUUCUUCUUUGGAGGUAAGACAGCUUACUGAGUUUGGGGAAUGAACAAGGAGAUCUUUCCGAACCACGGUACCAAAGGACUCAUUUUGGGCUCCAUGAAUCUAAAAUAGGGAACACGUUGAAGCCUGUUUGGGAAAUCAUUUUAAGAGCAAUCUCAAGUCUCCACAAGACGCGGAGGUCCAUAUUUCAAAAUAACAUGAGCCUUCAGUUAUUUGUAGACAGAAUACAAUGGAAGAAGAGGUGUUAUAGAUACGAAAAAUCGUGGCUGGAUUCACCAACAACAAAUGACUCAUGGUGAUGGGGAAACAUGCCCUGAACUGUCAUAGAAUGAAACCCGCGCUCUUCAGCGUCCUGUGUGAGAUCAAAGAGAAAACAGGUCUCAGCAUCAGAGGAGCCCAGGAGGAGGACCCUCCCGAUCCCCAGCUAAUGAGACUGGACAAUAUGCUUUUGGCAGAAGGGGUUUCAGGUCCUGAGAAAGGUGGGGGAUCGGCGGCAGCAGCUGCAGCCGCAGCAGCCUCUGGAGGUUCUUCAGAUAACUCUAUUGAACACUCAGAUUACAGAGCCAAAUUGACCCAGAUCAGACAAAUCUAUCACACAGAACUGGAGAAAUAUGAACAGGCAUGUAAUGAAUUCACUACACAUGUGAUGAACCUUCUCCGAGAACAGAGUAGAACACGUCCCAUUUCCCCCAAAGAGAUUGAAAGAAUGGUGGGCAUCAUCCAUCGAAAAUUUAGUUCCAUUCAGAUGCAGCUCAAACAAAGCACUUGUGAAGCAGUUAUGAUUUUAAGAUCAAGGUUCCUUGAUGCCAGACGGAAAAGGCGUAACUUCAGUAAACAGGCCACAGAAAUCUUGAAUGAAUAUUUUUACUCACACCUCAGCAACCCCUACCCCAGUGAAGAAGCCAAAGAGGAGCUGGCCAAGAAAUGCAGCAUCACAGUGUCACAGGUAUCCAAUUGGUUUGGCAACAAACGAAUCAGGUACAAGAAGAAUAUCGGCAAGUUUCAGGAAGAAGCCAACCUCUAUGCUGCAAAGACCGCCGUGACAGCUGCACACGCAGUAGCAGCAGCUGUGCAGAACAACCAGACCAAUUCGCCCACCACACCAAAUUCGGGUUCUUCUGGUUCUUUUAACCUCCCAAAUUCUGGGGACAUGUUCAUGAACAUGCAGAGUCUGAAUGGGGAUUCUUACCAAGGGUCCCAAGUCGGAGCCAAUGUGCAAUCACAGGUGGAUACCCUCCGUCAUGUUAUCAAUCAGACGGGAGGCUACAGUGAUGGCCUUGGAGGAAAUUCACUGUACAGUCCACAUAAUUUAAAUGCUAAUGGAGGCUGGCAGGACGCAACAACUCCAUCUUCUGUGACUUCUCCUACAGAAGGCCCAGGAAGUGUGCACUCGGAUACCUCUAACUAAUCUCUGGCCACACUUUUCCCUGAGCUGACAUGCCUUGAUAAGUGCAUUCAGAGCAAUAGGAGGAAAAGGAAAGCGUUUUUGUAGCCCACCAUCUACAGCUUUACUGUAAAACCUUGUCUUAGAGAACUUGGUAAUAAAUCUGUUUUUUAAGGAAUCAUAAUCAUUUGUAUUUAUACUUAAAAACACACAAUGUUAAAAAAAAAAAAAAGCACUUUAUCCAAUUAGGCCAAGAUUUAACAUUGUUGACAGUCCUGUAGCUAUUUUAUCAUAAUUUAUUAUCAAUAUUUUACAUUAAUGGUUUCACAGUUGCCAAUUACUUGGCCUUAAGGGUAAAAAGUACAAUAUAUGCUAAACCUCAAUCGUUAAAGCAGAUGCAAAAAUUCACCUCACCUAAAUUAAACUUCUUGCAUAUUUCCAUUCCUGACUCGGAUUGUCUUUCUUUUAUAUCACUAAUGGAGCUGGAAUGAAGAGCUGUUUGGCUCUCUCUGUUAACGAUGGUUGUGUUUAAGAAUCUUCUCGCCACGUUUGUGUUCAGAUCUCUUAUGUUAUAAUUAGAUCAGAGACUGGUAGCAUCGUUUCUCUCUCUGAAAGUACCAGUGCCCAGAGUCUGCUCGGUAAUAAAAUUAUGGAUCCAGAUUGUUCUGAGAGAUGAAGAUACUUGCUGCUGAUAGAGGUGAAAACGAGAUCGAUCCAUCUGGGGUUUUACGGUGUGCACUGGGUGCCGCACAGACUUGUCAAGGUUUGCUAUGUUCUCUGGGCAUCCGCAGAAGGCCCUGCUCUCUGGAGUGUUGUAUAUAGUGUAGCAAAAGAGUAUUUAUACAUCCCACCAAUCAAAACACAGCUUUAUUACCUCAUGCGAACUCAUACAAACCAAUAGAAUUUCAACAUGUUCUGUAGCUUAGAGUGCUCACUUACUACCUCUGAACAAUACUCACGCUGUAGUUUGUCUCUUUCUUAUCUUUUUGCAUCUUGUAAUUAACUCUUUGUUUCCCUUCAUAAAUUGUAAUAUACAUUGUAAUCUUUUAAAAGAAAAAUCGGGGUUGCAUUUGCAACUUUUAAAAAACUUUGAGAGUGGAAACAUUGGGUCUUAAUUCAACACAGGAUCAGAAAAACUGUUGUAAAUACUGAGAAACAUUUUGAAUGUUCUUCAUCUUAUUACUAAUCCAUGCAGAAAAAAAAAAAAGCAGCGACUAAUUGUGAUGCAUUAAGAUUUCAGUAUUCAGUACUGUAUAUUUCACCCUGUGUAAUGGGGCCCCCUCUCCUUUCUCUCUUUUUGUAUUGUAUGCGAUUCUGAAACUGAUUGAGUCAUGAAAAUAAUUUGUGGCGGUGAUUCUAAUGUAUUAAAACGUUUCGUGUUCCUUUCUAACUGGAUUACACCCUGGAUUGAAAAAGUCUUCCUUGUGGUAGUUAUAUGUAGUUUCAAACAUGAAUAAACUUUUUGCUUUCA